AUGUUUCCUUUUCCUGGACAGGAUGAGCCUGUGAGGCCGCUAUCUGAAGAGGAUCAGCAAAUCCUCUUGGGUCUUACCCGUCGCUACGGCGUCUCCAGCCUUGUCUGCGCGCUCACCGGUCUCGGUGCUUCAUCACGAGCCUCCACCUUUUCAGCAUCCACACUACUCAGCAACACCAGCGCGCCUUCAUUAUCAUGGAGCAACUCUGAUGCUUCUCACACGCGAUCCGAUGCCGCUUCCAUCCGAACUCAAUCGACAUGGCAAGACAAUGCCGGCGACGUUCCCUCGAUUCAUGAUGGUGAAGUCGGUAAAGUUACCGAUCGUACAUGGCUCGACUCGCCAAACCUCAUGCAGUCACCCAUUCCUUCAUGCGAUGUCACCUCUCACCCGUCGCCCCGGCACGUCACACCAACCUCAAAGAAAUACCAGUGCCCCAUGUGUUUCUUGGACAACAACCCCGUUGGUUUCGGCAGGAAGAGCGAUUUCAAGAAGCAUCUUUACAACUUCCACGGUGCUGAUGUGACUUGGCUGUGCAAGACCAAGGGCUGCCACCUCUCUUUUGCUACCGAGCGCGCCUACAGCACACACGCCAAGGAGGCACACCGCAUGGAUGCUCUUCCUAACAGUUCAGCAAAGACAGAGUUGUGCCCUCAGGUCGUCUUUGGUUGCGGUUUCGGUAGCUGCAAGGACCGUGUCUUUGAGGCUCCCACCGGUGAGCAAGCAUCUGCCAGCCGAGAUAAGUACUUUGAGCAUAUCGCCAAGCACUUCGAGGACGGAUUUGAUGUGAACAACUGGGAGUACAAGGUUCAACUGCACAACUUGAUGCGCCAGUCCAAGGUCAAGUCUAUCUGGAAGACUUGCAUCUGGCCCAAGGAGAAGAGACAGCAACUCACAUGGCGUCCUCGUUCUUCUGGCGACCUCAAGCGUAUGCUCGAGGCUCGUCACCUUGGUGAAGACAUCUCUACUCUGGUUCGCCUAGCCUUCAUCCUUGGCACAUCUCCUUUCACCAACCCUACCACACCGCCACCAAGUGAAAUUGACCUACAGUUCUCUCUACCGUUCCGAUCUCAAUGCUUGGCUGAUGCAGUCGGCCACGGAGAAGGUGUGCAGAUGAAGACAGAGGAUAUCAGCGAAAUGAACACACCGAUGGUUACUGUCACGAAGCAGGCCCCUACAACACCACAGCCACCUUCCUUCACUGCCAGACGUAUCAAGCAGGAGACUAGACCAUCAACACCAGUGGACAGCAUUCCCGAGCCCAUGGUUCGAGAUGAUCUCACAGCCGGCCCUCACCCAGGAACGCCAUUCCCCAUUCCUAAUGAGCAUGUCUGGCCUGUCGACGCACCCAAAUUUGCACCUGAUCAGAUGAACACUUUUGCGGAUGCGUCCAUGACCUACAUUCUUCCAGGUUCCGAGCUUCCUCAACAACAAUGGGACAUGACUGGCAUGCAGCAGCACUUCCCUCAACAAGACACUGUCAUGGGUAACGUGUACAUGCCUCCCCAGCAACCACAACAACCUGUAGCUGCCCGCCCCGCCACUCCUAUUCCUACAAAGCGACCCGGGUCUUGGGGCAAGCGAUUGAGCCUCGAGAACCUGCGCCCAAAGAAGAAGACCAGCGUUUAUGGCAGCCCUGCUUCCGAGCACGAGGCUGUCCCUCCUGUACCGGCUAUGUACGCCGACAUGAUGCAUGCGACUGUACCUACGUCUAUGCCUGCGGGUUACGAACUGCCGAUGCGAAUGGGCCACCCUCAGCAGGGAUACACAUCAAACCCUGGCUUCAUGCCCCAGCAUCAACAUCAACAGCAACAGCAGUUUGGCUCACCCACAAGCUUCUACUUGGACGACGGCGACAUGAGACUAUAA